AUGAAGAACACUGCGGAGAACAUUACGGAGACAGUCAUCAGCAGCAGUGACACAACAGGCCUACUCUCCACGGUCUCACACCAAUCCACUCAGCCAGUGCAAGAGAAGUCAAUACAGCAGGCGAAUGCGGAGAACACUACGGAGAAACCAAGCGGCAACAAGGCCCCCAGCACCAAGAACACGGCUCAGCUCUCCAAGAUCCCACGUCAUAUGCUCUCCACGGUUCCACAUCAAAUCAUCACUCCGGAACGAUGCAUAUUUGGACGAAUUGAAACCGUCCGAUGUCUACAGCUAUGUCAUUAUUCGAAAAAUUUCACUGCGGCAGGAGAUAUUGUGGGAUUCACACCACUAAUUGGCACGUUAUCUCCAUUUCUUUCCGAUAUUUCGAUACUUCUUGCCAUAAGAACAUAG